UUUCAUUUACGUCAAACUUAUGUCACGAUAUAGGUUACUACACUCUUUUCAUACUUUUUUAAGAGCAGAAGAUAAUACGGCAUUAGGAAGAGCCAUGUUAAGCUUAAAAUGGGUAUAACCAGUUCGGUAAACGCAAAAUAUAUAGCAACAGCAAAUGGCAGGUGCAAAUUCUUAGAGAUGUACAUUUGCAUCCAGAUCAUCGCAAUAACCAGAUGUACCAGAGGUUACAUGUGGGGAGUUGGAAUAGCAGGACUGGUGAUAUCGUACCUCCUGCUUACCACGGCUGUGGCGGCAACAGCUUUUGAGCCAAGACAUGAGUGGGGCAUGCUGUUAAUUUUAUGUAUACUAUGUCUGUUGGGUGGAGUGUGGUCUCUUGCAAAAUCCGGCAAUGAGAUUAAAGAAACAGUUAGUGGAGCGCUCAGUCUACUAGCAGGAGUCGUAUAUUUUGCUGACAGCUUCAUUCGAAUAAAACAGUACUGCGCUGAGCUAGCACAUCAAAGGUCUAUGGGCUAUAGCCCUCAAUGGUACAUAUGAUAUUACAGAAACUAGUGCAAUAACGUAAUAAAGAAAUGUUGUAUUGUCAUUUGCUUACUGUGCUUAAGAGAAGUUCGUUUAUAAAUAUAAAGUACCUGAAUUGGCGUAUAAAGAUUCCUCAUAUGAACAAUUAAGAUGAAGAUAGCAUUGGUCAUCUAUUCUCUUUCAUUUUAGCAGCAUAUUGUUUGUCCAAGCUCAGCCAGUUUUAU